GUUCGGUCGAUCACAUCGCCGCCUCGUUGUAAAUCAUCAUUAUUGAUUAUUAUUACCAAGUAGUGCAACACGCGGGUGAAUAUUGUGCGCAGCGCGAAUCAUUAUCGUGUGUAUACGUUCUGUGCGGUCAUCGUGCCACCCUCGAUACACCGAGGCCCUACAAGAGAUAUAGAGUUCGAUACGCAUCGGUAUCAUUUUUCUCGCUUUGCCGCAUGAUCGAAGAAAGAGAUGUGGAAAGGGCUUGAAAAGUUCGUCUUCUAUGUGGCAGUAUAGCGCAUCGCUGAGAUAGAUUUCUCAUUGCUAUCCGCGCGAUCUCCUUUUUCUGCCGUCAACGAGUCGCGCGAGAUGGAUGUCAGUCGGUCUAUCUGCGCACUCUUUAUCGAGGUUGCGGUUGUGCAGCAGCAUCAUACGCAGUUGCCACCGUCGUCGCUGCCAUCGCACCACAAAUGACAGGCCGUAGCCCCGCGGUAAGAAAAAAAGAAGACGAUUCCCUGGCUUCUUGCAACAACGACUCUACCGAUCGGAGAAGAUGCACUCGAAAAACGAGGAGACCGAGGCGGAGAGCGCCGAGCGCUACGACGAGUUCGGCUACCCGCGGCAGCAGCAAGACGCCGCCGCCUCCUGCGCGAGACGCCUCUCGGUCCAGUCGUCGCGCUCCCAGUCCAACAAGAGCCCGCUGCCGCUGACGAGCAGCGACGAGGGCAUCGAGUCGGACGCCAGCGAUCUGCGAUCUAGCAGCGGCGGCGGGGGUGGCGGUGGCAAACGCCGUGGCUCGCGUUGCUGGAGCUUCGACUCGAGCGCGACCAGCGCGAGCUCCAUGAGCGGCGGCAGCAGCGUGGCCGAGGACGAGGCGAUGAUCCUCCUGCUCGAGCAGCAGCACAGCGACGAGCCGUCGCCCAAGAGCAAGGUCGUACGCUGCUGCAGCAGCGACAGCGCCGUACUCAGCGACGACGAUCAAUCCAAAGGCGAGAACGACAGCAGCGGGGCUUCCGCAGCGGCCGCGUCGCCGACGACGACGUCCUCGUCGAGCUGUCCCCGAUCGGCGGGCCGCUACUGGCGCACCCCGAGCGUCGUCGUGUCGGAUUACUCCGACUACUCGUACCUGGAGGAGAGAUUCGAGCGCAGCGACGACAGCGAGCUCGACCGCGUCGAUUGCUGCGGCGGUGGUAAUGGAGGUCCAGCUGGCUGCUCGCGCGCCAGCAGCUGCUCCUAUCUCAACAUCGACGACGACGACGACCGAGACGAUGAUUUCUUCGACGAUACGAGCGGAUUCGAGAUCACCACUGCCGCUGGACUAUCGGCAAGAGGUGUUACGACCCGACGUCGAAGACACUCGGACUCGUGCUGUCUGCGUCCGACUUGGACCAGAAGCAACAGCCAUCAAGCCGGUGGUGCUGCAGCUGGCGUCAACUCCGGCCGACGCAACUCUUGCCUAGCUACCUCGUCGAGGCUGGCCCCGAACGACUCCGGUAGCGACCAGCCGGACGGAGUCUGCGAUCCUACGCUCGCGGCAGGGCCUAAUUACGAGGAGGAGGUGGUCGCAGGGACCGCUCCGGAUCUCGAGCUGCUCUGUCCACCGCCGCAGCGCAAGAUAUCCGACUGCUCGACCCUGUCGAGCCUCAGCGGCGACGACGAGUCCGCCGACUUCGGUCAACUGGUGGCGGCCGCCGGACACAAACGAUCACAGGAACUGGCGGCCAAGCCGAGAGUCAUACCGAGGAUCGUUUACACGCGGCCGAGUUUCUGCAACGAUGAAGAAUCCGCCACGGCUGCUUGCACAAUAAGUAACAGCUCUGCCGUCAGCAGUAGCAGCAGCAGCAGCAGUAACAACAACGUCAGUGCAGUCGUCAUCGGUAAAUUGUCGGCUGCGGCAGCAGCGGCGGCGGCGGCGGCGGCAAAUCGAAAAUCUCUGCAGCAAUCGACUACGACGACGACGACUAUAGCGCCGAGACAUCGUAAAAUCGCGCGAAGCCGAGUGAAAAGGAGCUGCUCGAGGCGUCCCUCCUCGAGAUCGUCCAGCUCGUCCAGAAGUCCAUCGCCGGCGGCUGCCAAUCAUGCCAAUGACAAUACGAAGCGAGUGAUAAUUAGCAAUGGCAGCGACAACGACGCGACCGGAUACAGCCAGUACCUGCUGCAAGUGCCGCUGCAGAGCUAUCAGCAGCAACAUGGAGCGCCCGGUCAGUUCGACUGGAGCGACAACAGCAACGACGAUCUCAGCUCCGAGUGGGACUCGGAUCAGAGUCUGAAUUAUCGCGAUGAAAGUAACGAGGAAAGUAUCGUUGCUGCCGAUCGUCAUCAUCCGGUGCAGGACGAAGCCGAGACACGGAAUGAUGCUGACACAGCUACCGAGGUUCCUCGCUUACCCGUCAAGUCCUCGGGAUGGAGAAAGCUCAGGAGCAUCGUGCACUGGACGCCCUUCUUCCAGACGUACAAGAAGCAGCGUUAUCCCUGGGUGCAGCUGGCCGGCCAUCAGGGCAAUUUCAGGCCGGGCCCCAAGCCCGGCACCAUCCUGAAGAAGCUCUGCCCCCAGGAGGAGGCGUGCUUUCAGCUGCUCAUGAAGGACGUGCUGAGGCCCUACGUGCCCGAGUAUCUGGGCGCGCUCGAGUUGCGCAGCGAGGAACAACAACCUCCGGCCAAAGUCGAAGCGGCAGUGGAAGCUUCUCAGACGGCCACGGAUAAUCAUAAAAACAACAAUGUCAACAAUAACAACAUCAACAAUAACUACAACAACAACAACAAUAAUAAUAGUAAUAGUAAUAGUAAUGGCGCGACGGGCUGCAAAGACUCGUACCUGCAGCUGCAGGAUCUGCUGGCGGACUUCAAGGAGCCCUGCGUGAUGGACUGCAAGGUCGGCGUGAGGACCUACCUCGAGUCCGAGCUGGCCAAAGCCAAGGAGCGACCAAAGCUACGCAAGGACAUGUACGAGAAGAUGGUGCAGGUGGACCCGACGGCGCCGAGCGACGAGGAGCGCCAGCUGCAGGGCGUCACGAAGCCGCGCUACAUGGUGUGGCGCGAGACCAUCUCGAGCACGGCGACGCUCGGCUUCCGGGUCGAGGGCAUCAAGCUGGCCCAAGCGGGCUCGUCCAAGGACUUCAAGACCACGAGGACGAGGCAGCAGGUCAUGGACGCGAUCAGGCGCUUCGUCGAGGGCUAUCCGCACGCGGCCGGCAAGUAUCUGCAGCGUCUGCAGGCGAUACGCGCCACCCUGCGCGCGUCCAGCUUCUUCGCCGGCCACGAGGUGGUGGGCUCGUCGCUGCUCUUCGUGCACGACGCCAGGGCCGCCGGCGUCUGGAUGAUCGACUUCGCCAAGACUCUGCCGCUGCCGGAGCACCUCGAGCGCAUCAGGCACGACGCCGUCUGGCAGGUGGGCAAUCACGAGGACGGCUAUCUCAUUGGCGUCAACAAUCUCAUCGACAUAUUCAAGGAGAUCGUUGCGGAUGGUGUUGCUGCUGUGGAUGGUGGCGUCGAAGCAGCAGCAGCAGCAGAGGCCGUAGUAGUCGAUGAUCACGAUGGGCCGACUUGAGAAUUGCCAAUAUAACGCGUAAAACGCGAGAGGUUUUCGCGAGAGGACGAUUAGUAUUAUGUAUCUUGUAUUCAUUGUGUACGAGCGAGAGUCGAUGAUUGUGUGCCUUUUGUGCAAAUCCGUGUGUGGCCUACCCUGAGCGCUUGGAGUGUCCGCGAGUGCGCGUGUCUCGUUUAUUUCGUAUCAAAAAGACAUUUUUUAUAGAUUAAAUUAAUAUAAAUAUGAUAUAAUGUAACGGAGGAACGAUGAAAUUCUGGUCAGUGUGUCAGUUCGCAUCGACGCUUUUGCGCUCGGCAGUAAUGUGUAUAAUAACACACGCCUGUGUGCGGUGCAACUCGCGCGCAGUGCAGCAGCAUCUAUAUAACGUGUAAACAAGUAUUUGCUCGACGCUUAUUAUAUAGCAUACACACAUGUAACGUACAGGCUCUGUACUAGCAAAACAAUAAUACCAAAGACGCAGCGAGACGGGCUGCAAUAAUAAUAACCCAGAGAGAGAGAGAGAGACGCGCGCGCGGCGGAAUGUGCUCUCGGCAUGGACGAUGAUGCCGCGCGGAGGAGCAUUUCCUCAUUAUGUGUACAAACACCGACUCGCAAAAUAUAAUAAUGUAAUAAUGAUGCCACAUUGUGUGUACAAUACGUGCGGCCCCGGGCACGCGUGUGCCUUAUAUGUAUAGAGAUACUACAUGUGCGAUUGGCGUGUAAUGAGUCGCAUCGUUCAUAAGUUUUUCUUUUUUUUUUUUGCUACGAAUACAUUCUAUCAUCUCUUUAUAAUUCAUAUACACACACACAGAACUCUUCUCGUUAGAAGAAUCACCGCAUUGCAAAAGCAUCGAAUGGAUUUUUGCCAUAAAAUAUAUAUCUUUUGUAUGAAUGUUAUAUAGUAAUGUUUAAAUAGUCGAAUUUUCUAUUACACGAAUAGAUUAUAUUUUUGUGUCGUACGUUUAGCUCGUAGAUUUCGAAAGAUUAUACUGAAAAAGAGUCGUGAAAUGCUGUUUACAUAAUUUCUGAGUAAAGUAUACCGUUGUUCAACAAGAAUUUGACCAAUUAUUAUUAAUUAUUCAUUUAUAAAGAGAAAAAGUUAUUAAAAUAACGAAGCGUUGUGUAAUUUAAA